UAUUGAACAUCACUUCUUGGGGGUCUAAACAGUGUCCCCUAGUUGACGUCACCACAUACAGAUUAGAUUCAGAUUCAGCUAGACCACGUUUUUAAGUGUUAGCUUAAGGUGUGUUUAUAUCAGAUUAUAUCAAAAUUAACCAAACUAAACACAAGCAGAGUUGGUUGAAAAACAUGAUGUGCUAUCCUAUCCUGGAAAUUGAAUAGCCAAUAAAGAACAUUAAAUCUACAAGGGAAGUGGGGAAGAGUGAUCAGGAUAUACACACAAACACAUAAGUACACACACAAAUACGCACAUACACACACACCCUUUCAUAUUAACACGCACACACUUUCCUCUCUCACUCAUGAACAAAGUCUUGGCUCUUGCCAUUCAAACUCUCCAUUCACUCCCCUCCACUCUUGGUCCCCAUUUUCUCUCUCUCUGCCUCUCAACCCUCCCACUUGUUCUCGUCAACUCCUCAGAGGACCAGCUCUGUCUCUCUGCAAUUGCCUCUUCAGUCGAGGAGAAACUAAUUGAAGGAGAGAAUAGAAGAAAGGAGCUGUUGGAAAACUAAACGAGCCAAAACGUAACGUAUCCAUAGCAUGCCACAGAAAGAUUACAGGAGUCAAACAAGCUGGGAGACUGACGUUGCCUCCAUGAUGCAAAACAGUCACAGUGGAGUGAACCAGCUGGGAGGUGUGUUUGUGAAUGGGAGACCUUUACCUGAUUCUACUAGGCAGAAGAUAGUGGAGCUAGCACACAGUGGAGCUAGACCAUGUGACAUAUCCAGAAUACUACAGGUGUCUAAUGGCUGCGUCAGUAAGAUCUUGGGUCGGUAUUAUGAGACAGGGUCAAUCCGUCCACGUGCCAUAGGAGGCAGUAAACCAAGGGUGGCCACUACAGAAGUGGUGGGAAGGAUUGCUCAGUUCAAGCAUGAAUGUCCAUCCAUUUUUGCCUGGGAGAUCAGAGACAGACUGCUGGCAGAGGGAGUCUGUACCAACGAGAAUAUACCCAGUGUUUCGUCAAUAAAUCGAGUGCUCAGAAAUUUGACCAGUGACAAGCAGCAAAUGGGCACAGUAGGAACUGAAGGGAUGUUUGACAAACUCAAGAUGAUCGAUGCACAUGUCACCUGGGGAGGACGCUCAGGGUGGUAUGCUGGGACCACUCUCUCUACUACUGAGUGUUCACAGACAGAAGGAGGGGAGAACACCAUAUCUAUUAGUUCCAAUUGUGAAGAUUCAGAAGAGACUGAGUUGAGGCUUCAGCUGAAAAGGAAACUGCAGCGAAACCGCACAUCCUUUACACAGGAUCAAAUAGAAGCACUGGAAAAAGAGUUUGAAAGGACUCACUAUCCAGAUGUGUUUGCCCGAGAACGACUUGCCAACAAAAUAGACCUUCCAGAGGCAAGAAUACAGGUUUGGUUUUCCAACAGACGAGCAAAGUGGAGAAGGGAGGAGAAGCUGAGAAAUCAGCGUCAUCAGGUGUCCACCACCUCCAACCAUAUUCCCAUUAGCAGUAGCUUCAAUACCAGUGUUUACCAGCCUCUACCACAACCUGCUACUCCAGUGUGCUUUCCAUCAGGAUCAAUCUUGACAAGGUCAGAUCAAGGUCUGUCCAGCAGUUAUAGCCUACCAGCAAUGCCCUGCUUUAGUAUGGCUACCAGCCUGCCUAUGCAAGCUUCAAACCAGACCUCUUAUUCCUGCAUGGUGCCCACCAGCUCCACUCUAAAUAGAAGAACCUAUGAGGCAUACACUGCUCCACACAUGCAGCCACUCAUGAGCAGCCAAUCAAUGUCAUCCUCUGCAACCUCAUCAACAGGUCUGAUUUCCCCUGGUGUUUCAGUUCCAGUCCAAGUUCCAGGGAAUCAAGCAGACAUGUCUCAAUACUGGCCACGCAUACAGUAGUCAUAUCUUUUGGCAAUCAUUCAUCCCUACAGUUAUCAUCAGCAGUGACUACAGCAACAGGGCUGUAUGAAUCACUAUUCACAUCUUGAAUGUCAAAAAGGAUCCCUCAUUGAUGAAAAAUGCUGCACCUCAGCAAAUACAUGUGAAGCAAUUGUUGUUAUUGAUGCUUGUGAGGAAAUAUCUGAACCAAAGUCUGGAAAUAACCAGGACACCGCAAAUUUGAAGGGUCUUCUGGAUUGUAAAGAUUUCAUUAUUACUGUAUACCAGUAAAAGUGCAAAUUCUUUGCAGAUUGCCAAGAAUGAAAAGUUCUAGGCCCAACUCAGGAAGCAGAAAAAAAAGUGGACAAACCCUGUAUGUUCCAGACAGAAAUAAAUUGCUCACUAUCCAUGUGGGCACUUGGUGGAAAUUCUUAUUGCAUGCAUCCAUUUUAAGAUGGUUAAUUAAGACCAUACUGGUGUAAGUGCAAAUUAACUUUUGGGAUUUUUCAUAAUCUGAUUUCAAAUGUGUGGCCUGGAAUGUGUAUAGAAUUUGAGACUGUGGGUUCUAUUGAUGUGUAUUUGGUAUUGUACAAUUUCUGACAUGGAUGUAAACUACUAAAUGACAUGGAUUCUGAUUUUGAACUUAAAACUAACUCUGUUUUGGAGUGGGGAAGUUUGUUUCAAUGCCAGCUCCAAUGUCCAGAAAACCAACCAUGGAAGCUUGGAACCAGAACAAAUGUGCAUGAAAUAUCAACAUUAGUAUGUGCCUGUGACUUUGUUUGCAAUUUCAAAGUGUAAAGGUUUUUGUCUGCUCAAGUGAUCUGGGAAGACUUUUAUAAUAAAUCACUUUCAAAUAUAUUCCUGUCAUGUUUUUACACACCAGUCACACAGUGAGAUGGAUUUGGAGCUACUGAGAGACAAGUUAGUUUUUUUUUUUUCUUUUUCUUUAAUAUCUGGGAAUAAGACCUGCUCAAACUUUAUAUUUAUAAAGCUCUGCUUUAUACUGCAACAUAAUUGUGAUCCCUAUAAUGAUUGACCAAUACCACUGUGGUUGAGCUGAGGUACAACUUCAAAUCUCCAAUCAACUAAAAGGAGACAAAUAACCUUCUAUGAGUUUGGCUAUGCAUAACUUCCAUAGUAUGUUGAACCCAUGUUAGACACAUUUGUAUAAAACAUAUGUAA